GUGAUAUUGAGGAUCCCCCUCCACAGUUUGAAGGUCACCUUGAUAUUGAAGAAUUCUGGCAAUCUGUUGACCAAGAAAUUAUUGCAGAGGCUUUUUAAAAAGUAACCGUGAAAAUCCAUUUAAAGUUUCACCUUCAUAUACAAAAUGGGCACCAUGGAUUGGGCCUCGUACUAGAGCUGGCACAAAAGUACUCAACACUGAGUAUGCCAAACUCAAAGCAAAGAAGUCUGUCGCAGAACAAGCAGACAUUGAUAUUUCAGAGGAACGGCUGUCAAGUGAACUUAUGAAUCUAAAGGUUGAUGCAUUGAGGAAACUUGUAAAAGAAUGUGGAGUAGAUUCAAAGGGGUUCAAAAUGGAUCUUCUCCUACGUUUGCGGGAGGAGAUGAAGACGAUGAGCACUUAUGACAAGGUGUUUCAGAAAGUUUGGGGAGCAUCUGGUGGCUGGGCAGUGAUCAUGUGUCCUUGUGGCAUUGUGAACUCUGUCAAAUUCAACAUAAGAGCUGAAAGCCCACGUGAUUAUGCCAAUAUGUUGCUUUCAUUCCAACACUUUCCAAACAUUGUAAUUUAUGAUUUUGCACGAGGAUUAGUAACUCACACCAACCUACGGGAACCAGGGAGACUGCCCUUCAGUCCUUAUGAAGGAAGAGUGGCUGCAGCUACCCCAGAGAAUAUUGCAUCUGCCAAGAGAGGGGAACUAAAAAGGAAUUUGCCAUGGUUGCUGAUGAAAAAGGACCCACCUGAUCCUAAUGGCCAUCCAGCAACUGGUUCUGUUGAGCACUAUGCACUGUAUGACACUUUUCAUCAGUUCAAUACAAAAGAUGAAAAGGAUGCUCUUAGAGUUAUUGGACUUGUGCCGGAGCUGUAUGGGUGGAUCAACUCCCAGAUGUCACCCUUGAUGCACAUGGAAAAGCCAUUUUGGGUAUUUAUUGUCUGA